AUGAGCGGCGUCGCCGAUCCUCCCUCCACCCGGUUCCUUAACACUUUCACCGGGCCUGCAGAUGCCCCCAGCAAGACUCGAAACAUCCCGGUUCUCCCCUCCACCCAGCACCACUCCGCGAUGGAGAUCACCCCUCCAUCGCCGGCGACCGUGGGCGCUCCCGUUCACAGCAGCCCCGACGCCGACCGCACCGGCGCAGUCAAUACCAAUGGCUCCGACGUCGGCACCCCGAACAAUCCCCCCAACCCGGCUGUAGGAGCUGCGGCCGCAGCGCAGCAGCCCAAGGUGGUCCAAACGGCCUUCAUCCAUAAGCUCUACAACAUGUUGGAGGACUCUAGCAUCCAACAUCUGAUCUCCUGGUCAAGUACGAAUGACAGCUUCGUCAUGUCUCCUACUUCGGAAUUCUCCAAAGUUCUUGCCCAGUAUUUCAAGCACACCAAUAUCUCCUCCUUCGUCCGACAGCUCAACAUGUACGGGUUUCAUAAAGUGAGCGAUGUGUUCCAUACUGGGUCGCCAGACUCCGCGUUAUGGGAGUUCAAGCAUGGGAAUGGCAAUUUCAAACGGGGUGAUCUCGUUGGUCUGCGCGAAAUCAAGCGCCGCGCAUCUCGACAUGCGCUGAUCCACCGCGAUUCCUUCCCGAGCCAUAAGGCCGCGGCCUCGCAACCAGGCACUCCAGCAGAGCCCGUCCCAGACGCAGCCGAAGCUCGAUUGAUGAACCUUGAGCACACUCUAUACGAUAUGCACAAUCGCCUUGUUCGGGCCGAGGAAGGCAACGUGCUGUUGAAUUCACGAUGCCAGAACAUGGCUGAGGGCCUUUCCAAAUGCUAUCAGUGGACGCAUUCAAUUUCGCGCUUCUUGUCAGCUGUCGUGCCUGACAAGGAGAGCCCUCUAUAUCGCGAUAUAUCGAACAUGCAAAGAGAGGUGGAGAAACAUAUUGAAACAGUUUCCCAGGAAUCUCUUCUGGCUCCUCGUCAGCCUUUCUUUGGUAACAUGGCCCAUGAACCCGGCCCUCCUCUAUCUCCUCGUCAGCUGCCACAAGAUGACAGUCGACGCCAGUCCAUGAUGGAUCCCUCCCGAUCAAACAUGAUCCGACCUCCCGUGCCGCCACAUCUUGCGGUGUCCCCGGGGGUCGCCGAUUUGGUUCAAUUGGAGGAGCCAAUGCGCCAUCGAAUUAUACCUCCGCCGGUUGCCGUCCAGCAACCCGCUCCUCAUCCUCUAUCCAUCUCAACACCUCCCGGGCCCAACAUGGCCCGUCGCCAUACGUUUGCGGAUAUCAGACAGGCCGACUGGCCGCCGACAGGUACCUCUCCAUUCCCACCGGGCAACCCGGGUAGUGGUCCUUGGCCAUCGUCCCCACACCGGCCCCCUGCGAGUGACCAGCAAGUCCGCGAUGUCCUCGCCUCGUAUGAAAUGGGCGCCCCGCGACGUCUUCAAGACCAUUCCCGCCAUGCGACACCACCCGCAAACGCCGAGCCAUCGCCAUCAAUGUUGAGUGCGGACAAUGGUUGGACCAUUGGAGGCUCCCGAUUUCCUCGCCAAGAGUCAUCUUUGCCAGCAACUCGUCGAUCCAGCAUGGCUAGCAACGUUCAUUCCCUGCUCAACCCCGCCGACACCGCGGAGAGACCCGAAGAAGACCAGCAAGACGACCGCAAGCGCAAGCGAUUGGAAUGA